GUUGGUUCGUCGAGUCGGGCGAGCACGGGCACGGGCAAGUUUUCGGUUACGUCUUUCGAUUUAAUAUCCCUCGGAUUUUCCGUGGGAGACAGAAUUGUGACAGAUUGUACGGGCCGCGUAUAGCCGCGUUACACUUUGCGUCCGUUUUCCAAGCAGACCUCUAAUCCGCUCGUUCCGGAUGCAGCGUGUCGCUCGCGUCGACGUAAUCGUAUCGGGACUGCGGCACGAACGCGAACGCCAACGCGUACCCGCUACCGCCUGACUCGGCCACGGUAAUCGCGACAGUCGAUUUGCGACUCGUGGACGCUCGCCUCUUAAAUGUCGCCGAUACGCGUAAAGCAAUACGGAUAAUCGGCGCUUGCCGGUACUCCGAAAAGGGUGCGAGCUGCGAGUUUGCCGGCCGUGUCACGGCCCGUAAAUGCGCGCCACCGCCAAGGACUGUCGUAUCGUUCGCGUACGUUACUCCGUCCCACAAGAGUGCCGAAUCGCGAGUGCGAGUGAGGAAAGAGACCGAGAUUCAAAGCUAUCGUCGUGUCGCCAUCGCCAUCGACAGGAGGAAGAGUGAGAGGAGAGAAAGAGAGAGAGAGAGCGAAAGCGAGAGGGAGGGAGAGAAGAAAAGACAUCUUUCGAGUUUCCUCGAUGGAGAAUACCGGUAACGAUAAGCAAAACGAGUCGGACGAAUGCGACGUGAACGGAGAUAGUAAAAAGCGAGACGACAACGACGACGACGACGACGACGACGGCAACGACGACGACGACGACGACGACGACGACGACGACGACGAGGACGAAGACGAGGACGACGACGACGACGACGACGACGACGACGACGACGACGACGACGACGACGACGACGGGGACGGGGACGAAAACGACGACGACGAGUCGACCAGGCGGAAGGCGAGAAAAAUGAAGACAGAGGACAAGCGCGAGUCUUUAGAAAAUAUGAAUUUGAAAAAUGAGAUGAAAACGCUGACGAAAGCUUUGUCGAUCGACCAAGAAGACGAGAAGAGCAAGGAUAUCGCCGACGAGCGCGAAGAGGAACGCAAGGAAACGCAGACGAACGAUGAGAAAAAGGAGCAAGAGUCGUCCAGCGACAGCACAUCCACCAGCAUCUCCGACGACGAGUCCGAAACAAGCUCGGAAGACAAGACGGAGCCGUCGAAGACGGAAACGACCAAGACGGCGCAAGCGGAAACAAAGGAGGAACCGAAGGAAAGCGCGUCCAAGAACGAGGAUACCACCGACGAUAGUGACAUCGAGGAUGAUCUGGUCUCGGCAAUUAAUUACAACACCAUCACCUCCCUGGCGGCGCUCAAGGAUAUGUUACAGUCGUCUGGAGAGGAUUCGGACGGCGUGGACAGUUUCUUUCAUCAUUAUUUCCUGUCGCAUGUCAAUCGGUUACCGUCGAGGAAUCAAACGCAUAGCCCGUAUCCCUGGGGCAGGAGAUUGUCGGAAUGCCGAGAAGAGGACGAAUACGAGACUGAGGAAGGGAAGAAUGCCGAUAGUCCGCACGUCGACAACAAGAAAGAUGCAUCGAUGAUUGAAAAGAUUGAAAAGGCCGAUAGCGCUUCUUCCAAGACAUCAAAAGCAUCGAGCCCCUCUUCCUCGGAGAAUUCCAGUUUCGAGAAGAUUGACGAAAAAUCUCUUCCGACGUCUAGUGUUUCGGACGCGAAACCAUCGUCACCAUCGUUAUCGACGACAAUGACGACGACGAUGACGACGACGACGAUGACGACGACGACAACGACGACGAUGAUGAUUCCGCCGCCAUCAACGACGACAACGAUGACGACGAUUGCGACGACAACGAUGACAUCGGCAACAGGCACCACCAUCUCGGAAACGACGACGACGAUGUCGACGACGAUGACGACGACGGCGACGGCGACGGCGACGGCGAUGGCGACGACGGCGACGGCGAUGACGGCGACGACGGCGACGGCGACGACGGCGACGGCGACGGCGACGGCGACGACGACGGCGACAGCGACGACGGCGACGACGACGACGACGACGACGACGACGACGGUUGCGACAUCAAUCUCCGGUAGAUUCACAACGUCGACAGUGACAUCGCCAACUUCUACGACAAAGCCUCCUCUUCGGAGAAGACACACCACCGGUCCAGGCAUGACUUUUCCCGCUACGGAUCCUCCUUCGUACUCCACCAGCAUGACUUUCUCGAGGACUAGUCCGUUGCCGAGUCCACAUCUCGACAAAAGAUUCUUUGACAGCAGUUUGAUCGAGAUGAAGAGUCAGGCGAGCAGCACCAGCACUCUCGAUUACGAUUCCACGGAGGAAGUGUGGAUACGCAGAGUGGAUUUCGUGCAGGAGAGAAAACGACGAGAACUUGGUUCACAACCACUUCCAACGAUUGUAACCGAGGAUGCGGACAAUUCCGGCCAUGCAUCUCAAGGUCACAGGCCAAGAGCAGAUACAUGGGGUUCGCAUUCAAAGCCGAUAAAAAAAUCGAAUUAUGGAAGUGCACCCAGUUCUGGAAAAUCGACACCUCUUCCGCAGACGACCGAAGCGUCAAGCUCAUCUAGUUCUGGCAAGGGCGGUCGAAAGACUUCUGGUACUCGAUCCGGUUCCACCAGUCGCAGUAAUAGUCGUAGUAAUAGCACGGAACGUAGAAGAAGCAGCGGCACUACGGAUGACACCGCUAGUCCUACGAGAAAGCCGGCGCUCUUUGAUGCUUUCAGGCCGAGGAGCAAGUCGGACGCCAGCAAGAGAAAACCCAGUAUUAUAGCUAAUAUGAAAAGUGCCGUUCAGCAUUCCUUGCAUAGAGGAUCGCACGGGAGCUCGUCGGUGGAUGUACAUACAGAGAAAGAAUAUCAUCGAGAUAACCAAAGAGAACAGAAAGAGAAUAAGGAACAGGGAAGUGGGAGACCUAGAGCUGGAUCCGAAAGUAGUAGAAAUCCUGUGAGCAAGGUUAUGGAUCUUAUCAGGCACAGGAGUCAUAGUGCCUUGAGUGCAGAGGAUAAACGAAAAGCUAGAGCGGCAGUACAACAUCAGACACAAGUAGCGUCGCAGAGUGCGCUUAGAAGAAGUUCAUUGGAUCCAACAGCACGAAGAUUGUCUCUUGGAGCACCUGCAAUACCUCACAGAGCAUCCGAUGCUUGCCUAGAUCCGGUUCACGCUGCCAUACUCUUCAGGGAUGCUCGGGGGCUGCCAGUGGUGGAUCCCUUCCUGGAGAAAGUCUCAUUGUCCGAUCUUGAGGAGGACGAGUCGCAGAUCUUUGUUAAAUUCUUCAAGUUUCACAAAUGUUACGACCUAAUACCGACCAGCGCCAAACUAGUCGUCUUUGACACUCAUCUACUCGUUAAAAAGGCCUUCUUCGCUCUCGUCUAUAAUGGAGUGAGAGCCGCGCCGUUAUGGGACAGUUCUCGACAACAGUUUAUUGGCAUGUUAACUAUAACGGAUUUCAUAAAAAUACUCCAGAUGUACUACACCAGUCCAUCGGUAACAAUGGACGAGUUGGAAGAGCAUGAAUUGGAUACAUGGAGAAAAGUUUUAAAGGAUCAAGUUCAUCCUCUCGUAAGUAUCGGGCCAGAUGCAUCGCUGUACGAGGCCAUCAGGACUUUGAUACAAAACAGAAUCCACCGAUUGCCUGUGAUAGACCCCGAUACCGGAAACGUUCUUUAUAUUUUGACGCAUAAACGAAUACUUAGGUUCCUUUUCCUAUAUAUCCACGAGUUACCAAAACCAUCUUUCACUAAUAAAACUUUGAGGGAAUUGAGGAUAGGCACUUUUGAGAAUAUAGAAACAGCUACGGAAGAAACUAGCAUAAUUUUAGCCUUGAAAAAAUUUGUCGAAAGGAGAGUCUCGGCAUUACCAAUUGUCGAUUCUGAAGGAAAAUUGGUCAAUAUCUAUUCAAAAUUUGACGUUAUCAACUUGGCUGCAGAAAAAACGUAUAAUAAUUUAGAUGUUUCGUUACGCGAAGCAAACGAACACCGCAAUGAAUGGUUUGAAGGUGUCCAAAGUUGCAAAUUAGACGAGACAUUGUUCACUAUAAUGGAAAAAAUUGUCAGAGCGGAAGUUCAUAGAUUAGUAGUGAUCGACGAUGACGAUAAAGUGAUUGGUAUAAUAUCUCUCUCUGAUCUGCUCUUCUACCUCGUUCUUAGGCCUUGCGGUGAGGAUGCUAAUAGCAAUAAAGAUUGUUCUAUUUCUUUGCGGGCGCAUGAUUCUCUCCUGUCGAAGACUCCCAGUUCCGCGCAAUCAGAAACAUCGCUUCCCGACGGCGAAGUCGAACAGCGGGAUGCUGCCGAAACGAUGGAUCGGUCCGAAGAAGGGCUCGCCGCAACACCUAGUCCACCGCUCAGUCCGGUUACAUCGGAUCUCUCGGAGCCUCAAUCGACAUUAGUGAAUCAAAGUCAAGAUGCAGCGUGGCGGGACGUGAUAAAUAUAUGUGUCUCGGGUGUCUCGGGUGGAGAAUGAGUUGUUGCCCUCUUCACGUGCCGCCACGCACGAUUAAUCGAACUGAAUCGCCGUUGCUUUAAUCACAGCAGCAGUGGUCUGUAAUAACAUAAGGACUGCAUAUAUUUGUACAUCCUUUGUUGUUAUCGCUCAUGCUCUUUGUGAGUAUACGAGUAAGGUUGAUUAACGACGACUCGCACCAGAAAGGAAAGGGGGAAAGAGGAAAGUAUAUGAUGUAUGCGAAAGAUAAGAGAUACCCGUUUAGGAAUUUAAGACGGCAAUAGAUACAAAGAAGGAAUUUGCCGGGCGCGCAAUGUAUGAUUGUAACAAACACGCGAUGCUCUGUAUAAUGUAUAAAAUCACUUAAGCUUAAUUUUUUAUGGUACAAAUGCUAUACAGACAUGCUACACAUUAGAUUUUCGAGCUUUUUGCCAGGGACAAUAGGUAGCUGCGCCGUUAUUUGCUCAGAAUACGAUUCCCUUCAAUGAUUGAGCAUUUGGAGGAACGCUGAAUUUCGAAAGAACGAAAGAUUUUGGAGAUAUACCCGUAUCUCGAUCUAAUCAUGCUUAUGUUCUUUAUAUUACACAAUUUGUGCUUAAUUCAUCCUUUGAAAAAUGUAAAUGAUAUUUUGUAGAUAUUCUUUUCGAUUUUACAUAAUUAGGAUAUAUGUCAAGAUUAAAAAUAAAACUCUGUGAAAGAUAUUCUCUUCA